GGACCUAUUGGAUUGGAAAAAAAAUGUAUUGACAUUAUUGAAGGAGUAACUCAAGGGCUUCUAUACCUCCAAGAAUACUCAAGAAUGAUAAUAAUUCACCAAGACUUAAAAUCCAGUAACAUUUUACUAGAUGAAGAGAUGAAGCCGAAGAUCUCAGACUUUGGCAUGGCUAGAAUUUUCAAGAAAGAUGAACAUGAAGCAAACACAGAUCGGAUUGUUGGAACAUAUUUUGGAGUUCUACUUCUACAAAUCAUAAGCGGUAAGAGGAAUGCUUGUUGUCAUGGCUUGGAUGAGAAUCUAAACCUCCUAGAGUAUGCAUAUGAGCUAUGGAAAGAAGGCAAAGGCAUGGAAUUUAUGAAUCCAACUCUAGAUGAUACAACUUCAUCGUGUAAACUAAUUCAAUGCUUGGAAGUAGCUCUUUUAUGCGUUCAAGAAAAUGCAAUUGAUAGGCCAUCAAUAUUGGAAGUUUCCUCCAUGCUAAAAAAUGAAACUAUAGUUGUGACAAAUCCCAAAAAGCCUGCUUUUUCAGCGAAAAGAGAUGAAGGUGACGAAAAAGACUCCAGAUUAUAGGCUUUAUGGCUAGAAAUAUUUUCGGUUGAUGAUUCAACAAUCACCCAACUGGUUGCCCGUUGAAUGUGAAGGUCUUUGUGGAACAAA